UCGCGGCUGUCACGUGAUCCACCAGGGAGCAGCGCAUAGCAGUCGCCGGUUGUUGUCUUCCUCUUUCGGCCUAAGGACACAGGAGAAGGCUGACGAAAUGUGCACCGGAAGCCAGCCCAUUGAAUGGACAGCUGACAUCAAGAAUCAAAAUUUCGAUGGCAUCGUCUUAGUGACCCAGAGCCAUGACACUUUGUCCACCGAGCUGGAGUGUCUCAAAGCUCCUUUGCAGGACUACAGCGCUGUGGACAGUGGCCUGGGAGAGGAAGUGGUUGUGCUCAAGGUCCCUGGUCUCCCUGGUAACCGGUUGGUGUUUGCAUCCACUGGCCCAGUAAACCGCGACUAUGAUGAUGUCAGGCGCUUCGGUGAUGCAGCAGUCAGUGGCAUCAAACGGGCCUUGAAGGCUGGCAUGCAGCGCCCCCUGCUGGUCUGCCCUCCACACAAGGACUAUCAGAACGCUGCCUUGGUGGCUGCACUCGGAGCUCUUCAUGCUCUCUACAUGCCUAUUGAAGUGAGAGAGGCCAACUUGAAGCCCACCAACCAUAAGGUGUGUGUUCUGGGGCUGUGGGCUGCAGAUGAUGUUCAUGGAAAGAGGCUGGUGGAGCUAGCUGAUGCUCUGGAAAGUGGGAGACUGGCAUGUCGUGACAUUGGUGGCUCUGAUCCUGAGCGAAUGGCUUCCCCUCGUGUGGCCGAAUACGUCCAGGAUCUUUUUAAAGACAGUCCCGUCCAGGUUGAAGUGGUGAGUGACCUGAAGGUUCUGGAGAAAGAGUAUCCCUGCCUGGCUGCCGUCAACCGCUGUGCCAACUCUGUGCCCCGUCACCAGGGCAGAGUGAUCAAGCUGCAGUACUGUGGAGAGGGACCAAUCCAGAAGACACUUAUGCUGGUGGGAAAGGGAAUCACCUAUGACACAGGUGGAGCUGACAUCAAGGCCGGUGGGUUCAUGGCCGGGAUGCACAGGGACAAGUGUGGAGCUGCUGCUGUUGCUGGCUUCUUCCAGGUUUUAGCCAAGCUGAAGCCCCAACACCUGAAGGUUGUUGGCUCGAUGGCCAUGGUGAGGAACAGCGUGGGAUCAGACUGCUAUGUGGCCGAUGAACUGGUGGUUUCCCGUGCCGGUCGCAGAGUGAGAGUGGGAAACACGGACGCAGAGGGACGUAUGGUGAUGGUCGACCUGCUCUGUGAGAUGAAGGAGAAGGCAGUAAAUGAAACGUCUCCUGAGCUGUUCACUAUUGCAACUCUGACUGGACAUGCCGUCCGAGCCAUGGGACCCAACUACUCUAUCAUCAUGGAUAAUGGGCCAGCUCAUCGUAAUGGGAAUGCUGCUCAGUGGCAGAAAGCUGGAGAGAAGUUGGGCGAUGUGUUUGAGGUGUCCAGCAUCAGACGGGAGGACUACGACUUCCACAAGGGCAAGUCUGAGUACGAGGAUAUUCUGCAGUGCAACAAUCUGCCGUCCUCCGCUACACCACGAGGACAUCAGACCCCUGCAGCUUUCCUCAUCAUGACCUCUGGGCUCGACAAGUAUGGUGUGGACUCAAACAAACCUCUGCCGUACUCCCACAUCGACAUCGCUGGAUCCAGUGGUCCUUUCCCUGGUGUCCCAACAGGAGCCCCCAUUCUUGCCAUGGCAACCAACUACAUCCUGUCCAAUGGUUUCUAAACGGAUGACACAAGUAUAAAAAGAGCUAUGGUUUUCUGCACUCACACUGAACACAAAAGUAUAACCAUCCAAGUACAAAAAUCCCUGCCACAACUUGUAAUUUACCAAACGGUUACAAUUUUUCAUGUGUGACAUUACCUUGUAUUGUAUUUCUAUAAAAACUCUCAUUGUUGAGGUGGUGCAGUGGUUAGCACUGUUGUCUGCCCACAAGAAGGGUAUUUUUCCCUGGGAUCUCCAGCUAACGCCAACAGUCCAAAGACAUGCAGUUAAGCUGGAGUGUGUGUGGUUGUUUGUCUCUGUAUGUUGGUCCUGCAGUGAGAGGCCGAGGACCUGUCCCGGUGAGCCCUGCCCUGU